GGAAUGAGUGCCGGUAUACUGGGACCCACGUUUCAAGAUCUGGCAACAAAUGUAAACCGAAAUAUCAGCAGUCUUUCUCUAAUUUUUGUGAGCCGAGCCUCUGGAGUCUUGUGUGGCUCUAUGAUUGGUGGUAUUCUUUUUGAAUACAUGAAUCAUGUUUUACUUUUGGGGUUGUCAGUGUUGGCUACCUCAGCUGGCCUUUACCUUGUUCCUUUUUGCAAGACAGCAGCGUUACUGAUUGCUGUGAUGUCUGUCUUUGGCGCUGCAGCUGGUGUUCUGGAUACAGGUGCCAACGUCCUUAUCUUGACUCUAUGGGGGGACAAAGGAGCGCCACAUAUGCAGGCCUUACACUUCAGUUUUGCCUUGGGUGCCUUUUUGGCUCCUAUUCUGGCAAAAUUGGCCUUGGGGACGACAGUGUCAGCUGUAAACCACACAGAGCCUGACCUUCACCAUCCAGCCCUCAACCGAUCAUCUGAAGCCGACCCAGACCUUCUGUUUGCAGCACCUGAUGACUUGAACUUACUGUGGGCUUAUGCUUCCGUCGGCACUUACACCUUUGUAGUUUCUGUCUUCCUGUUUGCUCUGUUUUUCAAGAAAACCUCGAAGCACGAAAAGUCAGCAGCAUCUGCUCAGGAAUCUCGAAGAGCUAAAUAUCACAAGGCCCUGCUCUGCCUCCUUUUUCUGUUCUUCUUUUUUUACGUUGGAGCUGAGAUAACCUA